UUCAUCAUCUGCUCGCUGUUUUUGCUGCUGGCCCAAUACAGUGUAGCGGAUGCUUCGGAAUUAAUUUCGACGGAUAACGGUUUCUUAUAUGAUGCACCGCCACGUACCUCUGUUUUACCGUUAGCACCGCUGGAUAUGGCCAAUGAUUUGAAGACACAAACGGCUUUGGCAGCUCUCACACCCCAACAGCCAAUUUUGGCACCAACUGAGCCUAAAACAUCAUCUCGUGUUAUUGUCGAAGUGAUACCUUCACUUUCAACCUCCUAUACACUGGACGUCAAAGCACCAAUUGUACCCUCAGCCGUUUCAUCCCUCGGUAGCAAACCGUUGAACGUUAUGCCCACAACAACACCACUGUUUAAGGCGCCCAUAAUCAAACCAUUUUCGUUUAGGCCCCGAAGACCAGGCUAUGAUUAUGCUAAAAUAUUUGUGCUUUUGCUGGCCUGUGCGGCAUUUGUAAGGGCCGAUGUUUCACAUUUGUUUGGCCACAAUCAUGAACAUCACCAUGAUCAUCAUGAACACCAUUACCAUCACCAACAUGGCUAUGAAUACUCUCACCAAGAAAUAGAAAAUCAUCCAGGUUAUGAUUAUCCCAAACCGAAGGUGCCUUUUGAAUUGCCAAAAACUACACUGCCACCACCACCCAAGCCAACCUAUUUGCCUCCAGAACCACCAAAGCCAACCUAUUUGCCUCCACAACCACCAAAGCCAACUUAUUUGCCACCCAAACCAGUGCCUACUUAUUUGCCUCCUCCUACUACUACGAACUUGCCCCCUACACCACCUAAACCAACCUAUUUGCCGCCUACACCACCAAAGCCAACCUACUUGCCACCCACACCACCAAAACCAACCUACUUGCCUCCCACACCUCCAAAACCCACAUACUUGCCUCCCAAGCCAGUGCCAACAUAUUUGCCCCCUAAGCCCACAUAUUUGCCACCUUUACCACCAAAACCCACCUAUUUACCACCCACACCACCAAAACCCACCUAUUUACCACCCACACCACCAAAACCCACAUAUUUACCACCCACAACCCCAGUAGCCCAGUAUUUGCCGCCUCAACCCAUUAAGUCGGAAUAUUUGCCACCCAAACCCAACAAAUCGGAAUAUUUGGCACCCGCUCCAACACCCACCUUCAAAAUUCCCAUUCCCUCAUAUGCCGCUCCCCUAGAGGAAGUAUUUGGCAAUGAAUUGCAAGAGGAUGGUUAUCAUUACAAUAUCCCGGCCAAGAGAUUCUUCUUCUAA